UUCCACGGGCCAGUGGAAGGUGUCGGGCAGAGAGACUCGAGUCGAGCGUAGAUACGGACGUACUGCGAUUUAGAGGAAUUCAAAAAAGACUUCUAUUCUUAUAUAUAAACAAAUAUUAAUUGUUACGCCUUUUUCUUUCUUUUAUCUGAACCUUGGAAGAAUACCAACUUCAAGAAAACCGAAGAAGGGGCAAACGAAGAGCGAGGAGAGAGGGGGGAAAAAAAAUCAGCCUAACAAAGAAGACGCUUUUUUAUUUUUUUUUUCUCCGCUGAAAGAAAACCAGUCCUUAUUAUUCUUUAGUUAUGAGUCAUGUGGCCGUCGAAAAUGCACCCAGUCUAGAUCAGCAGCUUGCUGGCCUAGACUUGAACUCCGCAGCUGACGGACAGGGCGGAGGUGGCGCAGGCAGACGUUACAUUCCACCUCACUUACGGAACAAGGAGGCUUCCAAGAAUGAUUCUCCAGGUUGGGACGGUGGACGAAGCAAUGGCUAUGUGAACGGAUACCAUGAUGGCAGGGAUAACCGGAUGAAUGGUGACCGCAACAGCUUUGGGGGAAGAGGACCCUCCCGUGGUGACCGAGGUGGGCGUGGAGGGUAUCGUGGAAACAGGAGCACUGGUUCCUUUAACCAGUCCCAGCCUAGCACAGGCUUUGGUUAUGAUAAAGACAAUAGUGGAUGGAAUUCCUCCAAAGACCAAAGGGACCCCUAUACUAGCUUUGGAGGGCGCAAUGAUAGAGGAAAGUCGUCAUUCUUUGGUGACCGUGGAUCUGGAUCAAGAGGGAGGUAUGACAGAGGGGGCUUUGGAUCUCGGGAAGGUGGAAAUAGCCGGUGGAUCGAGGAUUCUGCCCGGGAUGAAGAGGAUUGGUCAAAGCCAACAUCACCAAAUGACCGCCUUGAGCAAGAACUGUUCUCUGGAAGCAACACUGGGAUAAACUUUGAGAAAUAUGAUGACAUUCCUGUUGAGGCUACCGGUUCAAAUUGUCCUCCACAUAUUGAGAGUUUCAGCGACGUUGAAAUGGGAGAGAUCAUCAUGGGAAACAUAUCCCUGAGUCGUUACACUCGCCCCACUCCUGUUCAGAAACAUGCUAUUCCAAUCAUCAAGUCAAAGAGAGACCUGAUGGCUUGUGCCCAGACAGGCUCUGGGAAAACGGCUGCCUUUUUACUACCUGUACUGAGUCAGAUAUACACUGAAGGUCCAGGAGAGGCAUUACAAGCUGUUAAGAGCAACCAGGAAAAUGGGAAGUAUGGACGCCGCAAGCAGUAUCCAAUUUCUUUGAUUUUGGCCCCUACUAGAGAGCUGGCAUUGCAGAUCUAUGAUGAAGCCAGAAAGUUUUCGUAUCGCUCCAAAGUUCGCCCAUGUGUUGUGUAUGGCGGUGCCGACAUCGGGCAGCAGAUUCGGGAUCUGGAGCGAGGUUGUCAUCUCCUGGUGGCUACACCUGGUCGCCUUGUGGAUAUGAUGGAGAGAGGAAAGAUUGGCCUGGAUUACUGCAAUUACUUGGUUUUGGAUGAAGCUGACAGAAUGCUUGACAUGGGUUUUGAACCCCAGAUCCGACGUAUUGUUGAGCAAGACACCAUGCCUCCAAAAGGACUCCGUCACACAAUGAUGUUCAGCGCUACCUUCCCUAAGGAAAUUCAGAUCCUUGCUCGCGAUUUCCUGGAUGAGUACAUUUUCUUGGCUGUGGGCCGUGUUGGAUCCACCUCUGAGAACAUUACUCAGAAGGUUGUCUGGGUGGAAGAAAGUGAUAAGCGGUCCUUCCUGCUUGAUCUUCUGAAUGCAACAGUAAUUCCGAGUGAGGUACAGGAAAACGCAAGUGAAAACUCCGAAAAGACUGGCAAAGAUUCUUUGACCCUGGUGUUUGUGGAAACUAAGAAGGGUGCAGAUGCACUGGAGGACUUCCUGUACCGUGAAGGGUAUGCCUGCACCAGCAUCCAUGGGGACCGCUCACAGCGAGACCGAGAGGAAGCGCUGCAUCAGUUUCGUUCAGGAAGAUGCCCCAUCUUGGUUGCCACUGCUGUGGCUGCUCGAGGUUUGGACAUUUCCAAUGUGAAACACGUCAUCAACUUUGACCUCCCUAGUGACAUUGAGGAAUAUGUUCACCGCAUUGGCCGUACUGGCCGUGUUGGAAACCUGGGCCUGGCAACCUCAUUCUUCAAUGAGAAGAACAGCAACAUAACCAAGGACCUCCUUGAUAUAUUGGUAGAAGCCAAACAGGAGGUUCCAUCCUGGCUGGAGAGCUUGGCUUAUGAGCAACAGCACAAGAGCAGCAGCCGUGGUCGGUCUAAGAGGUUUUCUGGAGGCUUUGGUGCCAGAGAUUACCGUCAGAGUAGCAGCAGCAGCAGCAGUUUUGGCAGCCGUGGAAGCCGUAACACUGGAGGUCAUGGUGGGAGCAGAGGAUUCGGUAGUGGUAAGGGUGGCUUUGGAAACUUCUACAACAGCGAUGGUUAUGGUGGAAAUUACUCCCAAGUUGAUUGGUGGGGCAACUAAAUCGAAGACCUGUUAGCAGUGGAAGUCACCAUGCCAAACUAGCUGAAUGGAAACCACAUGUAACUUAGCCAGACUAUACCUUGUGUAGCUUCAAGAACUCGCAGUACAUUACCAGCUGUGAUUCUCUGAGAACAUUUUAAAGGGAGCUUAAAGCAUUUGAAGAUGGCCUGCAAGAGACCCAGAGCAUCACACCUUAGAUGAAGAGACACAACAUGGCUGCUGAUAUCAAUGCCUCUAGAAUCUUGGACUCUAUAGUUUUCAACUGCACUUCAUUUCUUUGUAAACUGAGGAUCAUUUGUUUGUUAAUGUACUGUGCCUUUAACUUUAGACAGGAUUUUUUUUUAUUUUUAAUGUCAUACUGGCUGAAUUUAGCCAUGAUCUCAGUUGUUUUUGUAAGGCAUAAAAGCGUGUACUAAAUCAAACCUUGGCAAAUCCUGGGAUGAUAUGACUUGAGUGAGUCAUUAUUCCAUUUGAACUUCAAAUUGUCACAGGGACAUCAGGUUAUCAAGUAGCCUGCAUUUUUAAAGGCUUGAGUACAAGCAGCUUGUAAAACCAUCACAGAAGCGUUUGAUUAAAGGUAUUGAUUCCUUGUGUGGCAACAAUAAUGUAUCUGAAGAGUUCUGAUUUAUUUUGCUCACUCUAUCCUGGAUAGGUACCUACUAGGGAUAAUGGUAGUCUUCAAAAAGCCAUUCCAGGUGUGAUCUUAAUAUUCUUACGAGUAAACCAGUGUUGUAAUGCGCUGGAUUCUAGGCAGAACACAUGCUGGGAUUUGUUACUCCACUUCUUGCAAUUGACUUGACAGUGUUAAGGCAGCUAGUUAAGUACCACAAGCUAGCCAUUAAGCAGGGCGGUAUUUUUUUUUUGUUUUUCCCUUUAAACCGUUUUAAGGGGCAAUUGAAAAACUUGAUUCGUUUUUUAAUGUUUAUAAACUUUACAUAUGGUUGAUCUUAAAGUGACAAAUGCCUGCCGUGUUGAAACUGAAGUUGGAUGGCUAUAUAAGGACCACAACACCGAAGCAGCCCUGCAGCGCGUCAUGGCUGGCUCGGUUUUAUACGCAUGCUAGUGUUGGUGUUUUUUGGUCAAGGGGAUAAAAUGAAUUCUGCAGCAGGCUUUAUUUUAUUACAAACGUAUAUACAUCUUCUCUUUUCAAGCUGCGUUAAAAUUCCGAAAGACCAUCCUCGGCUUUAAUAUAGAUAUGGUUCCUUUAACAACGAAGGCUUUGCUAGGGAUCAUAGAGGUCAGGGAUGUACCAAGAACUGCACAAGGUGUUGCCUGUGGCAUUCAGAGUGCGGUUUGGUGCGCCACAGUUUUAGUUGCAUAGGUUUCCAUUACAUAUACUGGCUGUGUAUUCCACUAGAUCUGGCCAAAGACGGGGUUUUUUCCCUCCUGAUGGUACAUGAAUGCUGUCAACUCCUUUUGGAGUUAAUCUGCCUUGAUGUGUAUUUAAAAUCAUUGGCCAGGGAGCCGGCAUUAGCUUCUUUUCGUUAAAGGCGGUAUGGGGGAGGGGAGACCAUGGCAUUUAACUUAAGUGCAAUAGAUUUAUUCUCAAGUGUGUUGUGCCUUGAAAAAUUAUGAUUUGAAGCGGAUGCACUGACAGUAUUGAGGUAACUUAAGAUGAAUGGUGCUAUUUCAGUUAGGUUUAGGCCCUUGUAUGUCAUGCCCAUCAGGUUUUACAAAAAAUUUUAUUGCACAUCUAGAGUUUUAUAUAAAUGUCUUGUGUGCGUGUCCUUAAGCUUCCAAAUAAUGUGUGUGGAUUGUGAAACGCAGCUUGUUUACAAAAGGGGAAGGGGGUUGAUACUUAACCAGGAUUUAUUUGGGACCAGGGGGAUUAGCAGUUGGGAAUUUAGCUAUUUGCACACAGAUUUCUAGAUUCUACUUUUUUGCUGCUAGUUUUGUGUAAUUUAUUAAGCAUUUUUUGAAAAAUAUUUAUUUUUAUAAGCCUAAAAGUGAUUCUUUGAAAGUUUCAAGAAACUUGACCAAAAGACAGUACAAAAACACUGGCACUUGAAUGUUGAAUGUCACCCGUAUGCGUGAAAUUUAUAUAUUUCGGGGUAGUGUGAGCUUUUUAAUGUUGAAGUCAUAUUGGACUCAGUCGAUCCACACCUGUUACUGGCCUUGUGGCCAAACGUUUCUAUCGAAGUCUAAAUUGGCUAUCAAAAUUUGAAAAACCAUGCCAAGGUUUGGAUAAAAGUUAUCAAAAUAAUAGAAACACAUUUCCUAAAUGUUAUCUGCUCAGAGUGUCCAGAUUCUCCAAUUGUGUGUUUGAGUUUUUUUUUUUUUCCAGUGAACGUCUGGCACAUGGCAAUCUUUAAACAUGUGGUUAUUCUCUAUUGUUGCAUUUGCGUAUUUGGUGUUUCAGGUGUUCUGUAGAAUAUUCAGCAAGUUUUAGCUGCAGCAAUAAGUCUUACAUAAGGUUGCGGAGUUCAACAGAGGGGCAAAGAGAUUGCUGGUGACUUUUGAUGGGAGGGGGAAGCUUUCCAACUUGCUAAAUGUUUGUAAUGGAACACCUGGGCUCAGACUUAGUAUUUGCUUUAUGUACUAGUUUAGGAGCUAUGCACUGCAUGAGAUGACUCAGCCGUGCGUUUGUUGUAUGAUUUUAUCAAAAAUAAAAGUUUGAAAUGCAUUUUUUCAGUUA